GGUAGGUCGUCUUUCAGAUGAGAUGAACUCAGCCAACAAAACGAACAAGUUUCAAAGGCCACCACGCCCGUGCUCCAGCGACCUAAGCAAGUGCUCCCGGAGACCGUCCAUCCUUCUGGCUCCUUUCAGUUUGGCUCGUCAUGGGGGACCGAUACGUACAUACACUAGCGUCACUACAGCGAUAACUCGCCGGUUUCCGUUUCUUCGAUUUCCUCCCACACAACCACCUCCAGUCUCGCUUGUUCGGACCUCACUUCUAAUUUUCUUCUUCUUGUCUGUCGAUCAUACUUCCCGUUCUCCUGGUUCUCCGCCAUUUUUUUUUUCUUUUACCCCAAGUCCCUUAGAUUGAUUAUAGGGCUCCUUCCUCUAAUCGUCUAUCCCCCCGCCUAAUUCUGCAACCCUUCGACUCGCCUUUGGACACCCAUCUCGCCUUCUGCCAUUGUUCCCAUUGUCCUCCCCGGGAUACCACAAAGCAACACACAACUAAGAAUCGACGACCGCUCCUACACCAUCCCACUGGCUGGGAAAGGGGCAUAUGGCCCUGGCCAAGAAUCAAUCAUCUCUCCGUUUCUCCAAGGUUUUGUCAGGAUAAACAGCACAAAACACAGCCGAUGCCUGUGCCGACAACAUCCUCCUAGUCGCGCCGUCGCUCUAGCUUCGGGUUCGCCUGCAAACAGCGGUCUGCGACCCAUUGCUUCGAACUUAAUAUACCUUACUCAGCUCCUUCCCGAUCGAGUGUUUCUGUCUAGAUACAUCUACCAAUCUAGUCAUACCACCGAUAUCUUUCCACCAUAAACCUCGACGCCCCGAGAGGCCGUCAAAUUUCACCAGCCAUCAUGGCUACCACUACAGCUCUUCCGACGCUGGCAACAGCCGUUACUACCGCGGUAUCGACAGCAUCCAUAUCAGGAUCUGUAUUAUCCACGAUAUCAUCCGCCUUAGCGUCGACAAUCACAACGUCAGCGAGUUUAACAUCUUCGAGUAGCUCGACAUCAUCGAGGGUGCUUACUACAACAACAAGCGUCCCCCCCAAGCAAGUACCCAACACCGACGCAGCGGGCUCAGCCCAAAAGUUUGGAGGCAUCAGUCUUGUGGCUUUUCUUACUGCCUUGGCUACUUCGUUGGUCGUUUUUGGCGUCCAGAUGGGACUGUUCUUGCUCCUACGACAUAAGCUAGCCAGGAUCUUUAAACCCAAAACCUACCUCGUUCCCGAACGCGAAAGAACAGAACCUCCACCUGCGAGUCCAUGGAACCUACUAUCUACCGUGCUCAGAUACAACGACCGUGAAAUCAUCAAGAAAUGCGGUCUCGAUGCCUAUUUCUUCCUCCGAUACCUCCAGACUCUGCUGGUCCUGUUCAUUCCCAUCGCCAUUGUCGUCAUCCCCAUCCUGAUACCUAUCAAUUACGUUGGGGGACUCGGCCACCAGGUUGUGGACACCAACACCACGGAUACAGAUGACUCUGACGUCCCCACGGGCUUGGAUACAUUGGCCUGGGGCAAUGUCCGUCCAGAACACUACCGCCGACGCUGGGCCCAUCUGAUUCUAGCUCUUCUCGUCAUAAUCUGGGUCUGUGGCGUCUUCUUCGCCGAACUCCGCGUAUACGUCAAAAUCCGCCAGGACUAUCUCACCAGUGCCGAACAUCGAUUGCGCGCAUCUGCCAACACAGUCCUCGUGAGCUCGAUUCCCGACAAGUGGCUCACCGAAGAUGCUUUGCGGGGCUUAUUCGACGUCUUCCCUGGCGGCAUUAGAAAUGUCUGGCUGACGCGGGACUUUACCAAACUUCUCGAAAAGAUUCACAGGCGUGAUGCAAUCCAUGUGCAGCUUGAAGAAGCCGAGACAGAACUGAUCCGCGAGGCAAAGCGAAGACAGUUGAAGCAAAGGAGUUUGGAGGAGAAGAGGAUCCGCAAAGCUCAUCAGGUCAAGGCAGAAUCGAAGAAGGAACGGAAACAUCGUGCAAAAGCCGAGGACGAUGAGGCUAAACGACGCGCCGAGGACAACGGAGGCUUAAGUGUAGGGGACGACGAUGCGGUGCCGCAUGACGUUGCGACGGCUGUUCACGGGGGAGAGAAGCUGGAGGGUAAGGGACUGGGGGAUAUCCAAGAGGGCGAGAGCGAAGGGUCUCCGCAUCACGGCCCGCGGGGCGGGAACGGCCUCUUCAAAGUAGGCGAAAACCUAGGAAGAGGACUGAGAAAGGGAGUUGGUUUUGUUGAAGAAACCGGGCACAACAUUCUUGUCCUUCCCAAAGCCCUUCAACACAAUGUCGAAGGAGAGUUGGAGCGUACGGGCGGCUUUGACUUCAUCAAAGACGGAGCACAAUCAUCGCCGACAAGCUCUACAAGCUCCGAAUACGACUCCAAACUGCAUCCAGGAGACGACGACGCGCAACCUAAACCGUCGUUUGCAUCAGAGACUCCGUUGCAAGCAUCUCAAGCUCGCCACGCUCAUACCCUCUCUGAAGCCACCCAAGCUUCGACGGUACAAAAAGGGCCGGAUACACGAACAAUCGGCAACACCACUCGCAAAGUCUCAAAUGUGAACGAUAUGUACGUCACUGAGAAGACCAGGUGGUACGAGUUCUGGAAGCCUCCAUCGGGGGGUUAUGUGUCUCCGGUCCCCCAAGGGUAUGAACGCGAGGACUACCCUUGGAAGGUCGAGAGGACAAAGUGGCAGAAAUUCAAGGCUGCUAUCCCCUUCUACCACAGCGAUAUUGAGGAUGUGGAGUAUCCUCCCGCGUUCACAAAGGAUUACACUACAGAAAAGGAGGAAGGCGCCGAAUGGCAAAAGUGGCUCUCGGCUAAGGACCGGCCUCAUCAUCGUUUGGCGCUCUUCGACUGGACACCUGGUUGGCUCCCAGCUUUGCCUUUAUUGAACAAGAAGGUCGAUACCAUCUACUGGUGCCGGGCCGAGCUGGCGAAGUUGAACCUCGAAAUCGAGGAGGACCAGCAGCAUCCGGAGCGGUACCCCAUCAUGAACUCCGCUUUUAUCCAGUUCAACCACCAAGUCGCGGCGCAUAUGGCUUGUCAAUCCGUUACUUACCAUAUCCCUAAGCAAAUGGCCCCUCGCACGGUCGAAAUCUCGCCCAACGACGUCAUCUGGGACAACAUGGCCAUCAAAUGGUGGCACGAAUGGGCGCGGAGUGCUCUCGUAUUCGCUGUGGUAACUGGUAUGCUUGUCCUGUGGGCUUUUCCCGUCGCGUGGACAGCGUCGCUGGCGCAGCUCGAUGCUCUGGUGGAGAAGUAUAGCUGGCUCCACUGGUUGGUCGAGAACAAAACAAUCCACAACGUCAUCAAGGGUGUGGCUGGUGUUUUGCCUGCUGCUGUCCUUGCGAUCCUGUUGAUUUUGGUUCCAAUAGCACUGGACUGGCUCGCAACUUUCCAAGGCGCAAAGACUGGCUCGCAAACGACGGAGACGGUGCAGACAUACUACUUUGCAUUCCUCUUCGUACAGGUGUUCCUCGUCGUUUCCAUCACGUCAAGUACGUUUCAGACGAUUGCCAACAUUACGCAGGAUAUUACUAGUACUCCUGAAGUUCUGGCGGAGAACCUGCCCAAAGCCGCGAACUACUUUUUCAGUUACAUGAUUCUCCAGGCGCUGUCAACCAGUUCGGGAACGCUCCUUCAGAUCGGCACGUUGUUCAUGUGGUACAUUAUGGCUCGUAUCUUGGACAACACGGCACGGGCUAAAUGGACGCGCAAUACUCAACUCCCAAGCGUCACUUGGGGAUCAUUCUUCCCGGUUUACACCAACUUCGCCUGCAUCGCUCUGAUCUACUCCGUUGUGGCGCCUCUCAUUUCAAUCUUUGCCAUCAUCACCUUUGCACUCUUAUGGUGUGCGCACAGGUACAACAUGCUCUACGUUACUCGUUUCCGGACCGAUACCGGUGGUGUUUUGUACCCGCGGGCUAUCAACCAGACGUUUACUGGUCUUUAUGUCAUGGAGCUCUGCCUUAUUGGUCUCUUUUUUCUGGCAGUGGACGAAAACGAUCAAGUCGCCUGCGUUCCUCAGGCCAUCAUCAUGAUCAUUGCCCUUAUCUUCACCAUUCUGUACCAGUAUCUGCUGAACCGUUCCUUCGGGCCCCUCCUUCGGUACCUCCCCAUCACAUUUGAAGACGAAGCCGUGAUCCGCGACGAAGCCUUCCAGCGCGCCCAAGAACGAAGACUGGGCAUUAUCCGGGAUGACGAUGAAGCCACUGCGCUUAAUCGGUCAGGUCCUGGUGCGAGCGAUGGGAAAGAUAUUGAGCUUCGGAACUUGCACAAGAGAACCAAGUCAGAAGCCGAUAGCCUGUCUCGACUGGGAAAGCUUAACCCAGUCAGGGGUAUCGUUCAAGCUGGUAGCUGGGCAGCACGAGGCGGCAGGCAGGUUCGGCAAGCGGCGUUUGGCAAGGCGGAAGAGAACUUGCGCACAGCUACCAUCUAUCGCAACGAACGCCGCCAGAAGGACAUAGAAGCACAACGGGCGAUAGGAGAUGCAUUGUUCGGCGGCUAUCACGACGAAAUCGAGGAUCUUACCCCAGAGGAGCGUGACGUACUUGUACGCAAAGCAUUCCAACACUAUGCGCUACGAGCCCGCCGCCCCACGGUCUGGAUUCCUCGUGAUGAUAUCGGCGUGAGCGACGAUGAGAUCAAGCGGACCCAGGAAUUUAGCAAGUAUAUUUGGAUCAGCAACGAAGGCACUGCGCUAGACAGUAAAGUGCGUGUAGUUUAUGGUCGCAACCCGCCUGACUUUUCGGAGGUGGACAUCAUCAACCUGUAACGAAGGGGUGAAGAAUGUGUCGGUGGCAGCUUGAGGUGCAUUACUGAUUCAAAGGAAAGCAACGAGAAGCAGGAGAGUGGACGUAAGAUUUGCAUGCAUGUACUGGAAAGAAGAGGUUGUGGACGAAGGGGAGAUGCCCGUGAACUUGUCAUUUCGUCUUUCUCUUUUUUUGGGGGGGUGGCCUUUCACGUACAACUCGUCUCCUUGUGGUGACGGUGCGCGGAUCCUUCUUGCAUAAAAAACUGCAUUGCAUCAUUAUCUAGAUAGACAUUAUUCUCGACUCUUCGUACGGCGUGCUUGAUGGAACUUGGGUGGGCAUACAGUUAUAUAGAGCACAAAACGAAUCCCCUUCGAAGGGGAAUGAUAAUGAAUAGCGUUUACCACAUACACCAGUAGUUCG